CCUCUUAGUCUGUAUAAAGAAAAAAAAGGGGUCACAUUUUAUAUUAAACAGCCUUAACUGGUUUGCACUUGAGCAUUUAAUACAAUACUGGUUAUGUACAUACAAGAUAAUGUGCUGUGAUUACAUAUAAAGUAAACUUUUAUAGCUAACUUUACCUAUUACCGUAACAGUCUUAUCCAAAAAGCCAAACUUCUCAAACCCUAACACUGCGCUUGAACAUUAGUACUUUUAAACAUGCUGUACUCUAAACCCUAACCCUACCCUUAAUCUUAAACUUAACCAAGUCUCAAACUAAUUUGUGUCCCCUUACUUGCCUCAUGCUAUUCCUAAAAGGAAGGUUUGUAAUUACACACUUACCUCUAUUCCAAAACAUAACAACUAACCUCUUACUUUAUAUCCCAACCCUACCAUUACUCAUACAUUCUAACCCAAACCCUAAAUCGUACACCAAACUAAACCACAACCAUUUAUGCGCCAAGAUCUUAAACCCUACAUUUAUUUCUUAAACCAAACCUCAAACUUACUAACAGCUAAUGUAAAACUCUUCCAGAAUAACUUGUAUAUGCUACACACUAAACCCAUAGUCUUGUAGUAUUUAUUGUCAGUACAUUGCCAUUAUAAAGUGCAACUCAUCCAAAACAUUAGAUUGCAAAAUGGGGGAUGGAAAGAUGAAUGAAGGGUUUGUGGAAUUCUUUGUUACUGAUUGAUGGGUUAAUAGAGCAGAAGAGGCUGAUUCGGCACUAUUUACAAAUAAAGUUGAGUCACUGGUCAACCUUCAGUUUGCUUGUGAAAUAAACUCGAGUGAACAGCGAAAACACUGAAUGCUCAGAUUUAUGGUAACUCUGAUCUGUUUUCUCCAUCUUGGAGUCAUGUCCUUACAGAAUAUCCUGAAGGGUGAGGAAUGGAGCACUUCAAGAUUCUAGAUUGAAUUGAAGAGGUGUUACAAAGAAGUGAUGUGGCUCUGUGGACACAAGGUCAAGGAUAAAUUACCAUGAAGACCACGGCUUUGAUCUUCAACGCAUCAGUGAAUGUUCAAAACCACAGUUCUGCACACAGCUGCAGCAUCGACGAGUCCUACAAGUAUGUCAUCUUACCGUUGUGCUACUCGUUAACCUUCUUGCUCAGCCUCGUCCUGAACUCCACCGUCCUUCUCCGCUCCUACCGAUGCAAGAGUAGCCGACAAUGGAACACUUCGCUCAUCUACAUGGUCAAUCUGGCCUCUACGGAUUUAAUGUACAGCUUCUCGCUUCCGUUCCUUGUGGCCAGCUACUUAAUGCGUGACCAUUGGGUUUUCGGGGACUUCAUGUGCAGGCUGGUGCGUUUCUUGUUUUACUUCAACCUGUACUGCAGCAUCUUCUUCCUUACCUGCAUAUCCGUCCAUCGGUACAUGGGCAUCUGCCAUCCAAUCAGAACGAUCGCCCUGGAAAGCAAGCGGGCGGUUAGGGCCAUCUGCGCCACCGUUUGGGUCAUUGUGUUCAUACUUACCUGCCCCAUCGUCCGGUUUGCCAAAACGGGGGAGGUUUUGAGGAAAACAGGAGGUGGAAUGAAUGAAGGAGUCGAUUCUUGGUCGGAAGGAAGCGGCGAUGGUGGAAAAGUUGAGACAUAUAAGAAUUGCUGGGAUGAUGCGAUAGACAGUGAGUUUUCUGAAUACGUGCCUUAUGGAAUUAUCCUACACAUUUUGGGUUUCUUUUUCCCAUUUACCGUCAUUGCAUGGUGUUACUCACAAGUGGUGAGGACCAUCUUCGAGACGAUUCAUUCCCAGCCACAGGUUCAGGAGGAAGGAGGAAUGUGUGGAGCGGUGGAUGGAACAAAGAAUAGGACGUCCGUGUCUAUUUCUGGUUCCCAACAUGCACCGUACUUCAACAUGCGACGCAAGUCGAUCAAAACCAUCAUCACCAUCACUUUGCUCUUCGCGCUUUGCUUUCUGCCCUUCCACAUCACACGCACUCUCUUUCUGGUCCUCAAGGAAACGAAGGCUGUCAAGUGCCAAACCAUGCGAAUGGUUUCCAUUUUUUACAAGAUCACUCGACCGCUGGCUUCCUGCAACUCGUGGCUGAAUGCACUCCUUUAUUUCUUAACAGGAGACAAUAGCUUAGCCUGCUGCAGACGGGCCAGCGGCAGUCACAACACCCACCUGUUGUGGCCUUUAAAGAUUCUCGGAAAACAGAAAGAGGUUGAGGAUCAAGAGCAAGGCAAUUCACAUAAAGCAGAUGAAUGUCAGGACAGUGACUCCAAAUCUUCGGGAAUAACAUAGAAUGCAGACUAUACUUUAAAUGGUCCAUGUUAUUUAUUAUACGCUGAUACUACUGAGCGAUUUCGCGUAUGUUUUAUUCUACACUCUCAGAAAUAAAGGUACAGGAGCUGUCACUGGGCCAGUAACUUUUCAAAAGGUACAUAUUUGUACCUCAAGGGUCAAUAGUGGUAUGCACCUUUUAGGUACCACUGUGGACUAUUUGGGUACAAGUAUGU